AUGGUCGAAAGCAGAGAGCGCGUUGCCGCGCCCCCGCUUACACGGCACGUGUCUACCGAACGCCCGCCGCGACCGCAUCACUGGGCGCGCUUGAACCUCCGGACGAGCAGCGGCAUCUGGCUGCCCUACGACCCCCCCAUCCCCAAUCAGCAACAUCCCGCUCCUUACUUCGAGGUCGAGAACGCCCCGGCCUCAUUUUCUUUCUCCUUCCAGGGCGUAGGUGUCGCGAUCAACGGCUCGCGCAUCUGGGGCAGCUAUGCGUACGACGUCACCCUCGACGACCAAGCGGCAGUCACCUACAACGCGAGCACGAUGUGGUUCAUCGGAGACGCGCUCCUGUACUAUCAGGACGGGCUGGAUCCCACCAAGACCCACACCAUCAACGUUCUGCCUACCGUCGGCGCUGGCCUCAAGUUCUGGCUGAACACAGUCACUGUCUUUACCGAUAAUCCUUCAGAAGUUGGCGGACUUAUCAGUGCGCCCUCCUCUAGCACUCAGCCAUUAGGGGGCACAACAUCCGACGCCCCUUCCACCGCGGGACACUCAAAGACGAAUACUGGCGCCAUCGCGGGUGGUGUCAUCGGUGGCCUCGCCUUCGUCGCUCUCGUCGCCGGGCUCCUCUGGUACUUCGCUCGCCGCAGGCGGCAGAACCCGAAAGUGUUCGACCGCGAACAGCCAUCCCCGUUCCUCGCCACGCCCUCCACCGCCGCCCCCAUGGCGGAGGCGAGCCCGUUUGUCCCGACGCAGCGCGGCCCAUAUACGCCACCCCGAGGCGACACGAAGCUGCCCAUACUGGCGAUCGGCUCGGACGGCUAUGUACCGUCCCAAACACGCGCCCUGCCCGCGCUCCCCUCUGGUUCUGCGUCAUCGUCCGCGCCGUCUGAGUCCGGGCGCACGGUCUCCGAUCACUCUCUUGCGCAUGGCUCCGCCGCGCAGGCGGCUGCGGUGGCCUCGCCGACGAUGACGCACGCCUCGUCCCCGGCGGAGUCGAGUCCCGAUCCCAACGCCACGGUGGACAGGAUCAUACACCUCCUCGCGGAGCGCAUGGCCACGCGUCCGCCACGGCAGUCGGUGUAUGGCACCGAUGUGCCUCCUCCGGAGUAUGGCGCUUGA